AUGAAUAUCCCUGGCCAGGAGAUUGAAUGGGGACGAGGACCUGAAAUCUUCCAUGUGUUAACAUAUGCAUUAUUGGAAGCAUCCCGAACAGAACUGUUCGAUCAGCUGAAAAAUCUAAAUGGACUGCUGUUAACAAAAACUUUUCUUGUCGGCGAGCGGAUGUCACUUGCAGAUAUCUCUGUGGCCAUGGAUUUGCUACCAGCUUACCAGUAUGUUCUGGAUGAAAAAGCACGGACUCCACUUGUUAAUCUCAAUCGGUGGUUCAAAACCAUAAUCAAUCAACCAGCUGUCAAAGAGGUGCUUGGUGAAUUACAGUUUGCAUCAGAAGUUGCCAAAUUUGAUAGUAAGUCAAUUAGUUGUUAUGCAUUUUCUUGCAUCUAUGCAAUGCAAAAACGCAUAUUGACGAGGGGUUGUCUGUGUGUGUGUGUAUGUAUGUGUGUGUGUGUGUGUGUGUGUGUCUGUAUGCCCGUUUAGACGAAACCAAAAGAACACCAUGCGAAACAAAAGGAACCGGCUCACAAAGAAGAUAAAAAAGGAAAAGCGAACGAAGUGUCUGAAGAUGUGCCCGAUGCUACUGAUGAAGCGCUAGCCCAAGAACCGAAAGCAGUUGACCCGUUCGCAUCUAUGCCAAAA